AUGGCAUUUGCUCCUGUUUCAUCACUCACUGUCGAUGGUUUUCCGAAAUUCUUAACAGUAGUAUACCAUCGAAUGAUUGAAUCAGCCAUUAUUGCCUUUAUUGAUCUCAAUCUUCCUGAUCGACUUGUUCAUGCCGUGCCACACCAAGGUUUCACAUUAGACGAGAUCAUCGGCACUGAUGAUCAUUCAACAUGGAACAAAGACGUUCUGUAUCGUAUUCUUCGAGCAUGUGUCGUGACAGGUGUUGUUAAACAAGUGAAUGAUGAUAAACAUUUUGCUCUCACUGAAUCUGGUGCUAUGCUCACAUCCAAUCAUCCAUCACAUGCUCGUGAUCUCAUUAAAUUUGUCGCGGAACCUGAAACCACUAGUGCACUUAGUAAACUAGUCAAUGUGACACGUCGAGAAAGUGUUAGCGGUAUUGAUUUAACGUUUGGUGUUGACUUUUACACAAUGGUGGCUCUUCCUGCUCAUGAACAAUAUUCUCAUACAUUUAACGGAGCUUUGACUGCUAUUUCACAAUACGUUGGCGAUAGACUUGCGUUCGCAGUAGACUUUGGCCGCUUUGACACAGUUUUAGAUCUUGGUGGUAAUACCGGUGCAUUUUUGGCACAGGUUCUUCAACAUAAUCCAUCAGUGAAACAUGGAAUUGUUUUUGAUAUGCCAAGAGUGAUUAAAGAAGUAAAUAAGGGUGAAGUAUUUCAAUCACGACAUAUAUCAAAAGAUAGGUACUCAUUCGUCGCUGGUGAUAUAUUUGAUCCAUCUGAUAUUCCUCAAGUGGAUGCUUAUCUAAUCAAACAACUUUUGCACGACUUCAGCGAUGAAAAAGUCGUGACUAUUUUAUCAGCCAUUCGUCAAGCAAAUGAAACUUCGUCUCGAAAAACAAUAACUAUCUUCAUUGUUGAACAUGUCAUAUUAGGUGAUGGAGCAGUGAGUGAUUGGCAAUCGAUUGCUAUGGAUAUGCUGAUGACAAGCAUUAUAGACAGUGGUAAGGAAAGGAGUCAAGAAGAAUAUCAGCAAUUACUUGAACAAGCAGGUUUCCAUUUCAAGCAACUGUAUCCGCUUCAAGCACCUAACUCGAUCAUUGAAGCUGUGUGGAUCAAACAUUGA